CCUCAGUGUGUCACAUUUGAAGUCACGUCCCGCAUUUGGCUCCGUAUUGUUGUGCAUCCGUCUGCAUUCGCUCGAUCUUCCGAGCAUUUCGAUCCCCUAGGUUUCCGCAAUGUCCGUUACAAUGAGGUCAGCUAGCCUUGUGCGCGGCAAUGCAGUAUUGCGGCCUAAUUUGCUCGCCCGGCAACGACUUUCCGGUGCCUUGGCUGCGUCGACGGCCGCAAACCUCCGAUUCAACGGUAGAAGUCUGCCAUCUCAACUGUCGGCAAUCGCUCUUUUAGUCCCUCAGCAGCGAGGAUAUGCCACCGAUCCGUCGACCUCUUCCUCCUCUUCCUCAAACUCGUUCCCCCCUCCGGGCUUCAACGCAGAGCAGGCCAAGAAGCCCCUCCCCCCGGACAACGUGCAGCCUUCCAAAGAUGUCCAGAAGGUCGCACCAAGCUCUGGACAGUCUAUUUCGUCUCAAAUCGCUGCACAGAACAAUGGAAAGUCAGCUGACCUGACGACGGCGAAGACCGCGGAUGUUGAUGGCAAGAAGGAGGAGAAGAAGGAGACGAAGAAACUGACAAUCGGACAAAAGAUCAAGAAGGAAGCCCAGCACUACUGGGAUGGUACCAAGCUUCUUGCUACGGAAGUCAGAAUUAGUUCUAGAUUGGCAUUGAAGAUGGCUGCUGGCUAUGAACUCAGUCGCAGAGAGCACCGUCAGCUCCAAAGAACCGUCAAGGAUCUGGGUCGCCUUGUGCCUUUCUCCAUGUUCGUCAUCAUCCCCUUCGCGGAACUGCUACUUCCCAUUGCCCUGAAGUUGUUCCCGAACAUGUUGCCUAGCACCUACGAGGGUCAGAAGGCGCGCGAGAAGAAGGCGCUGAGCCUGAGCUCUACACGUAAGGAGGUUUCGGGCUUCCUGAAGGACACACUGAAGGAGUCUGGUCUCCCGGUCACUGCUGCGACCGUCAAGAAUGAAGAGUUUGCGGAGUUUUUCAAGAAGAUCCGUACCACGGGAGAAUCGCCCACUCCCGACGAUGUGAUCAAAGUGUGCAAGAUUUUCAAGGAUGACCUGACUCUCGACAACCUGUCUCGGCCUCAGCUGGUGGGUAUCUGCAAGUACAUGAACCUCAACACCUUUGGAACGGAUGCCAUGCUCCGCUACAACAUCCGCCACCGUAUGCGCCAGAUCAAGCGUGACGACCGCGCUAUCUUCCACGAAGGUGUGGACUCUCUGUCUGUCCCUGAACUGCAGAUGGCAUGCGCCUCCCGUGGUAUCCGCACACACGGUGUGUCUCCCGCUCGCCUGCGCGAGGACAUGUCGAUGUGGCUGGACCUGCGUCUUAAGCAGGGCGUCCCCUCCACCCUUCUUGUGCUGAGCAACGCAUACGUCUACGCCCAGGGUGGUAAGGAAGCCGAGAUGUCGUCCCAGAUUGAGGCUCUCCAGUCCGUCCUGUCCAGCAUCCCUGAGGAGCUGUUCCACGAAAUCGAGCUCGAGGUUCACAAUGCCGAGGGCGCUGCCACCAACAAGCAGCGUCUGGAGGUCAUCAGAGAGCAGCAAGAGCUGAUCGAGGAGGAGAACGAGCAGAACAGCGAGAACGAGGAGAAGGGCGUUUCUGCUCCUAAGGACAUCGAGGAUAUCGAUGACAAGGAAGACGUCAAGUACGAAGCCAAGUACAAGACGCAAGCGGGUGAGGCCAGCGAAGCCGUCCAGGAGGGCGAGAAAGCCGAGCAGGCACAGCAGUCUACCCAGGCGAAGGAAGAGAAGAAAUAAUCGCAACCUUCCUUCUCUCUCUCUCUCUCUCUCUCUCUCUCUUUGCUUCGACAGGGCGUUUAUACCGCGUUGAUGAACCUGACAUAGAUCUCUUUUCUCCUCUUGACCCCUACGCCUAUACUCUCUACUUCCUCUCUUUUUCUUUUUUCUUCCCAUGUGUUAUUGUGUAUACGAUAGACUCUGCUCGCUUGUUUGUUUAUUUACUCGUCUCAUUUCUUGUAUUUUCUCUGGGAUCCGUGGUUGGACACCAUCGAAUUUGGGUCUCUUAUAUCCUUUUAAACCAGGCUUCUUUCUUUGUGACCUACCGACACUGAAAUAGAUACUUACUUAGUCGACUUGGACGGUUGAUCUGGACAGAAAAUAUGACGUGG